AAGAAAAAAAGGAAUAUAGAAAAGAAAGGCGGGCGAAACGACGACGUAAUUGGGGCGUAAUAAUAGCAGGGAAAUUGAAGAUUGUGACUGAUAACAUCGAAGUUCCGUUUCUCGGAGCACACUACGAAGCUAUCAACAAUGGCGAUUUCCGGCGAUCUGCGAGUCUCUGCCACUCUUCCUCUCUAUCGCUUCCACUCCCACUCACCUCCACUUCGAACUGCUUUCGUCCCUUCUCCUAAGGUAGACUUUCAUCGAUUCUUGAAUAGAGCAUGUAACAUCUCUGAAUUCACCCCAAAAUGCCCUUGCCUGACAAUUGUACGAUGCAAUAUUCGUGGGUCUUGCAAGCCAGUGGCUGCAAUCCUUGGAGGUCCUAAAUUCACCUCAAAUUCAGUUAGUCAAGAAGCUGAAAAUUUUCUCCUUGACGCUGUCAAAAUGAACUUUUUUGAGCGAUUAAAUUUGGCUUGGAAGAUAAUUUUCCCAUCGGCAACAUCUAGAAAAAACUCUAAUGCUAGAAUUGCUAAGCAACGCUUGAAGAUGAUUUUGUUCUCUGAUCGGUGUGCAGUAAGUGAUGAGGCAAAGCGAAAAAUUGUCAGCAAUGUUGUGCGUGCUCUAUCUGACUUUGUGGAAAUAGAAUCACAGGAUAAAGUUCAGCUGAGUGUCUCUGCUGACACAGAUCUUGGAACUAUUUACUCUGUUACUGUGCCUGUACGGCGAGUUAAGCCAGAAUAUCAAGAUAUGGAUGAAUUUGGGACGAUAACAAAUGUUGAGUAUAAGGACACUGGAGAGAGUUCCGGUUCUGUUGAUGUUAGAUUUGAUUUCUAUGUUCCAGACGAAACAACUGGAUUUUGAGUUGAAAGAUCUUGAAUCUUGAUUUCUAUGAAAAGUAAGCGUUUGAAAUGCUUACCAGUGAGAGCAAAUGUGGAGUGGUGUAUAUAUUUUAAAAUUGAAGCUUACAUUAGGUUGACACUAGAUUUUGAUCAGAAAUUUUGUUUUUGUACUACCUAUAUCAGUUAUUUUGGUUCGUUGCAUCAUUGAA